AUGACAACAGCAGCAGCAGCGUACAAGACCCCCUCGUGGGUCCACUCAUGGCUCCUGCUCUCGUCGUUGAUCGUCCUAUCGGACUUCGUGUACUGCGUUCUCCGGUGCAGCUUGGCUGGGGGUGAUCCGGCAGGGCUCUGGGCGCACUACAAAUGGGCCAUCCUCGACGUCGCCGAGUUUGUCCUCAACUACAUCGCUCUCGGCGACAACGCCGUCGCCCCUCUCUUCGGCUUUGCAAGCGCCGUCAUGACGGCGUCCAAGCCAGGCUACUACUUCAUCCAGGGGUUGUCCGGCUGGACCGACAGCACGUCCACUUUCUGGGCCGUGUGGGCUGCCAGCAACGCCGCGUCCAUCUUCGUCCCCACGAUCGUCGCGCUCGUGCUUGGUACUGGCAUCGCGCGCACACUCAUCGCGCAUGCCCCGCCACCCAAGGAGCCCGUCUCGGAGAAGCCCACCGCCCCGCGCGGCGACGACAAGCUCACCACCUUCCCGACUCCCAUCGGCGGCGCUCCCCUCCCGCUCACCUUCCACGUCAAGGGCCGCCCCGUGCUCGUGUUCGGCAGCAACAAGCUCGCCGCGUCGCGCGUCUUCACCCUCCUCGAGGCCGACGCGCAGGUCAUCGUCGCGUCGGACGCGCCGUUCGCAGAGCUGCCCGCCGAGAUCCAGUUCCGCGUCAACACCGGCGAGGUGCGGUACCAGCGCUUCGCGCCGCGCGACGCCCAUGACUGGAAGGGCUUCCUCAAGGCGAACAAGGUCACCCUGCUGGCGGUCACCGACACGCUCAUCGGCUCGGCCCACACCGCCGUCGACGCCGCCGCCGCGUACACUGCCGCUACCGAGCUCUUCAUCCCCAUCAACGUGUCUGACCGCCCGGCGCUCUCGACCUACACCUUCCCCAGCGUCCACCGCUUUGCCGGCGUCGACGGCCCGUCCCACCUCCAGGUUGCUGUCUCGACCAACGGCCAGGGCUGCCGCCUUGGUGGCCGUAUCCGCCGUGAAAUUGUCUCUCGCCUUCCUCUGAAUGUCGGCGCAGCCGUCGACAACAUUGGCAGGCUGCGCGCCCGCGCCAAGAUGUGGCAGGCUGCGGCUGCCGUUUCGGAGGACGACAUCAACACGCCGCUCAACGCUCCCGUCGCCCAGGGCGCCGCUGCCAAGGGCGAGGAGCAGUUCCGCCGGAUGCGCUGGGUUCAGCAGAUGUCCGAGUACUACAGCUAUGACCAGCUCGCUGCCCUCGGCGCGGCCGACAUGGACGCGACGCUCGAGGGCGAGGCGCCGCAGGUCACUCUCCCGCAUCACGACGGCCAGAAGGGCAAGAUUCUCCUUGUUGGCUCUGGUCCCGGCCACCCAGGCCUGCUCACCGUCGCCGCCCGUCACGCCCUCGAGAACGCGACCCUCAUCCUGUCCGACAAGCUGGUCCCGGCCGAAAUCAUCAACCUAAUCCCGUCGAGCACCAAGCUGAUCAUCGCGAAGAAGUUCCCCGGAAACGCCGAGGGCGCACAGAGCGAGCUCAUGGACCUUGCGCUGCAGGGCGCUCGUGCUGGCGAGACCGUGGUCCGUCUCAAGCAGGGCGACCCCUUCGUGUACGGCCGCGGUGGCGAGGAGGUCCUCUUCUUCCGCGAGCACGGGUACGAGGCCGUUGUUGUCCCCGGCGUGAGCUCGGCGCUUGCUGGGCCUCUGAUGCACGGCAUCCCGGUCACGCAGCGUGGCGUUGCCGACUCGCUGGUCAUGUGCACUGGUGUCGGGCGCGCUGGGUCGAGUGUCGAGUUGCCCGGCUAUGUCAAGUCGCGGACGCUCUGCAUCCUCAUGGGCGUCGCGCGCAUCGAGAAGGUCGUGUCGGUACUCACCGGCGCCGGCCAGGGGCGCGACGGCGCAGCAUACCCGGGCCACCUUCCCGUCGCGAUUGUCGAGCGCGCCUCGUCCCCCGACCAGCGCGUCAUCCUCUCCACGCUGGACGGGAUCACGGGCGCCAUUGCGUCGGUCGACCAGCGGCCCCCGGGCAUGAUCCUCGUUGGCUGGGCGGCGCUCGCGCUCGAGGGCAAGGGCAAUGUCGACGUGCUCGACGGCGUGGAUGAGAAGGCGCUCGUUGGGCGCUGGCUGGACGGCAAGGCGUGGAAGACGCGCGAGGGGCUUCCGACCGACUGGUCUUGGUUUGGCUAGGCGUGCGGCCUCGGCGGGGGAGAGCCCGCCAACAGAUUACUAUAAUUGUAUCACCAUCUUGGCAUUGCAUCUGUAUGCAUCUAGGGAAU